CCUCAACAGACGACAAGAUGGCGGCGCCCAUGCCGAAUCCUCAUGACAGGACAAGAAAACCUAAACCGAAGGGCGAGGAGGACGAGGAGGAAGAAGAAGACCCUAUAGAUAAGUUGGUGAAUGCGUCAGGAUGUGCGGAUCAACAUUACGCACUGCUGGAGUGCAUGGCUGAGCACCAAGACUGGAGGAAGUGUCAAGAGGAGACAAAGAAGUUCAGGUUAUGCAUGGCGGAGGCACAGAAGAGGAAACUGGAGAAGAGAUGACAAGACACCUUCCUGCCCCUCCCCUCCCUCCCCAGAG